ACGACCUGGAUCGCGCCCGCCGAUAUGGACUUUAUCUCCAACUCGCGCGACUGUCCUCUCGAGGACGAGGUCCCGCCCCGCAACUUUGCAGAGAGGGUGUGGAACUGGAUUGCGUGAAAGUCAAUCCCCGCUACGCGACAGCAGAAGCGUUCUCGAUGCCAGCACUUUGCUUGUCAAGGCGCAGGAAACUAGCGGCAUCCCUGUGCUGUGCCUGCGGCAUUCUGUCCCUUGUCGGCUUGACGACCGACGCGUGCAAAGGUCACGUCGUGGCGGCUUUCACAGACGCCUUGAUCGCCAAAUGCAUGACCUUUGCCCCUGUUUGCUCCACACAAACAGCAGAGACAGAUCUGAGCUCGACACAUCGCGACCCAGCCAAUUCACAGCUCACUACACGCCAUGCACGCAAUCGCGCCUGCAAUGUCUUGCGCCAAUCCGCUCCGUGCAAUCAGAUGGGCAUUAGUGCUGAGGCUUGGCUUGGCUCUGGCUGUACUUGCUGGUCCUACCUUGCCAGGCAGACGCACUCAAUGCGUAGAUUUCCAGAACUGCCUUGCCUCGUGCGUUUCGCCAGAUGGAAUCGCACAAACUGUUGCAGGAUUAAGUCGAGAGAUGUUGCUACUUAGGUACAGUGAGAAAGCUCUGCGGAAGAAGUUUUCCUGCGUAAGGAUAGCCCAUCAGCGCCUGCGCCGCUAACAAGCUAAGUAGCUCAAAAUGGAGCCAAACGUAAAGUCGGAGGAGCCCGUCUGCAUAGUCGAUAGCGCAGUCUCGAACCCAGAAGAGCGCCA